GGGACCGCUCUCCGUCUGGGAGGAGGCAGCCGAAAAGACUUGGUGGUUCGGACGCGUGAAAACUUCUUCACAGUCGAGAAAUCUCAGUCAGCGCCAUGCAACGCCCCACGGGAGACCGCCAUAAGAACUACAAGAAGGGUAUCGACACGGAUGAGACCCGUCGCCGCCGGGAAGAGACCACGGUCAUGAUCCGCAAGACGAAGAAGGAUGAGCAGGUCAACCAGCGCCGCCGCAUGGUCAUGGGCGCGACGACGGCCGACGAGACGGCCAUGACCGGCGGGACCCCGGGUGCCCAGGCCUACCUCCAGCAGCUGCCCGAGAUGGUCGAGCAGGUGCAUUCGUCGGACGUCGAGGUGCAGCUCGCGGCCGUCACCAAGUUCCGCAAGCUCCUCUCGAUUGAAAACAACCCGCCGAUCCAGGAGGUCAUCAACAUGAACGUUGUCCCGCUCUUUACGUCCUUCUUGAGCUACGAGCAGUACCCGAAGCUCCAGUUUGAGGCGGCGUGGGCGCUCACAAACAUUGCGUCGGGCACGUCGGAGCACACGCGCAUUGUGAUUGAGAACGGCGCGGUCGAGCGCUUUGUCCGCCUCCUCAUGUCGCCCAACGACGAAGUGCGCGAGCAGGCCGUCUGGGCGCUUGGCAACAUCUCGGGCGACUCGCCGACGUGCCGCGACCUUGUCUUGCAGUCGGGCGCGCUCAUGCCGCUCAUCCAGCAGCUCACGGAGAACGCCAAGCAGAGCAUGCUCCGCAACGCGACAUGGACGUUGAGCAACUUUUGCCGCGGCAAGCCGCAGCCCCACUUUGAAUUUGUCAAGCCCGCGCUCCCGAGCCUCGCGCAGCUCAUCUACUCGCAAGACGAAGACGUGCUCACGGACGCGUGCUGGGCGCUCUCGUACCUCUCGGACGGCGAGAACCACAAGAUCCAAGCGGUCCUUGAAGCCAACGUCGUCCCGCGCCUCAUUGAGCUCCUUUUGCACCCCAACACGUCGGUGCAGACGCCGGCGCUCCGUACGAUCGGCAACAUUGUCACGGGCGACGACAUGCAGACGGACCUCGUCAUCCGCUCGGGCGCGCUCGUGCGCCUCCUUCCGCUCCUGAACUCGGCCAAGAAGGGCAUCCGCAAGGAAGCGUGCUGGACCAUCAGUAACAUUACGGCCGGCAGCAAGGAUCAGAUCCAGGCCAUCAUUGACUCGCAGGUCGUCCCGCCGCUCAUGAACUUGCUCGCAAACGGCGAGUUUGAGGUGCGCAAGGAAGCCGCGUGGGCCGUCUCGAACGCGACGUCGGGCGGCACCCCCGACCAGCUCGUCUACCUCGUCCAGCAAGGCUGCAUCCCGCCGCUUGUGGCGCUGCUUGAUGUGACCGACAGCAAGAUCAUUUGCGUCUGCUUGGACGCGCUCGAGAACAUUCUGCGCGUCGGCCACCAGCACGCCGAGCUCAACGGCGAAGUGGAGAACCCGAUGGCGCUCGCAAUCGAAGAGCAGGACGGCGUCACCAAGAUCCAAAACCUGCAGUACCACCACGAGAAUGACAUUUACGAGAAGGCGCUCUCGAUCAUCGAGACGUACUUUGGCGGUGUCGACGAAGAGGAGGACGUUGAGACUGCUCCUGCAGCCAACGCCCACCAAUUCACGUUUGGCUCGGGCGGCUCGGGCACCGUCUUCAACUUUCAGCAGCAGCAGUAA